AUGCGUACCUUCUCGAUCAUCCUCAUUGCAUUCUUUGUCAUCGCGGCUUGCUAUGCAAUUCUCCCGGAAAUAAGUGAAGAGGUUCAGCCAAAUGACACGAUUGUACUCGCCUGUGGCAUCAAUUGCACGACCGGAACCUGUGCCGGAUGCUGUGUUGCGCAUCAUUACACAACUGGUUACUGUGGAAUUGUUGGGACAGUCGUGUGUAUUUGUAAA